GCUCCGUCGUGGUUGGUGUCGGCUGUCCCGGUAGUCGCCGGAACAGAUGGGAACCGCCAUGAGAGAAAGAAGUGGAGGAAGGCAUCGGCGGUGGCAGUUCACUUGUUCUGUGGGCGAGAUCGAGCUACGUGGAAGUCUAGCGCGGAGGUGGCCCAUGUGGUGACGGUGGACCAGGCCGAGGAUGUGAUGGCGGAUGCGACCUAUGCGGCUUUGUUGGACCUCGCGCUCACAGGCAAGAUCAAGACAGUGUUUGGAGGCAGACCUCGUCCUCUUCGUGAUCGUGAGGGCAGCGGAAGAUGGGGCCGCGAAGGACUUUGUGACUGGGAGACCUGGAGGGUGCGCCAGGACACGAUCAUGAUCUUUCGGAUGCUGUUUCUUUGGAUGGCGGCUGCCGCGGUAGCUAGAGCCAAUGGAGAUCGGGACCCGGACUUCAUCCUGGAGCAUCCUGAAGAUCCUCGUGAGUUCCUUAAGGGGGAAAACAUGGCGUCGCUAUGGGCCUUCCCGGAGAUUCAGUUCCUGAAGGAUGAGAUGAAGUGGUUUUGGUGGGGGUUUGAUCAAGGGCCAUUGGGGCAUCCUCGUCGGAAGCCUACGCGGAUCCUCGCGUCCAUGACUUGCCCGCGGGAGCUGUGGAAGGUUCGAGGGCCAUCGUCGGUGACCGAGGACGAGCGAGAUCAUGAUGGCGAUGGUUUUCGUUCGGCUACCUGGGCGGCAUGGGCUCCGGGCCUGAAGCAAGCAGUCAAGCGUGUGGUGGAAGAGAGUUUGGCGGGCUCCACGUUGGAGAAAGUAAUGAAGCUUGAUCAGGCCUUCCUGGAUCAUCUUCGCCGAGACCACACUCCUUUUCGGCGUGACUGCAAAGCUUGCUUGGCCGGCUCUUUUCGUGGCCAUGCUCAUCGGCGGAUUGUGGCCCCCGAAGCUUGGUGCCUGAGUUUGGAUGUGAUUGGACCUACUCGGCAAGGAGUGGAUGAGUAUUUGAAGAAGAUCCGCUAUGCUUUGAUUGGCACCUUGGUGGUUCCUGACAUGUUGGGAAAGCUUCUUCAGCCUCCCGACGAUGGAGCAGACGAGGGAGGUGGCGUUGGGCCUCUAGAUGAUGAUGAUCCCAUCUGUGAGGAAGGACCAGCUGAGGAUGGAGACGAUGAGGCCCCUGCGGUGGAAGAGGAGCGAAGUCGUCGCGAACUGGAGCGGUGGAAGGCUCGGGUGGAGAAAGACAAGCUCGACGGCGUGUCCUGUGUGGAGGUUCCCUUUGUGGUGAUCAUGGGUUCUAAGACCUCAGCCGAGGUGCUGGCCGCUACGAAGGACAUUCUGGUCCAAGUGAAGAAGCUCGGACUGGUGUUUGUGAAGCAGCGAUCCUGGAAGCUCAAGAAGGAGGAGUUCGUCGAGAAGGUGGUGGCUGCAAAGAUAUUGUGUCCUUCUAUGGAUGUUGCUAGAGGCUUCCUAGUUCGCACGGAAGAAGGCAGCUAUCUGACCACCAUGGCGGCGGUUGAGAACGUCAAGGAAACUUCUGGGGAGUUUGUGGUGGAUGCUCCUCCUGUGCGUGCGGACGAAUCUGGGGUCCGGAGGAGGCUGCGGGGGAAAGUGGCCAUUGCCAAGGCAGAGCUUGCUGUGGAUGAGCAGGCCUUGAGGUGCGAGCAGUUGGAGGACGAGCAUCUCAUUCAGGAUGAGGAGCUGGCGGCGCUCUUCCUAGAGGCCGGGGACUACUCUAUGUCAGCAGUGGAGGAGCUCCUUGAGAGUUUGUGGCUUAAGGAGCACUUGGUUCCCGGUCGUCGCCCGGAGGUCUUUGAUGGGGCUCCUCAAGUCUCUGUUCAUGUGUUGGGAAUGUUUCGUCAUGGUGGCGUGGUUGGAGCAACUACGUUGGCGCGGACUCGCCCCUUCCUGACCAGGUUUUUGGUGGCGGCAGUAAAGGAGCACAGUGGCCCUGAUACUACCUUCACUACCCGACCCCUCAACUUCAACACGCCCAUGCAGUGCCACAAGGAUGGGAACAACAAGGCCGGCGAGACGGCUACGUUGAUUGGCUUCGGGAACUACGUGGGUGGGGCACUUUGGUGCCACACUCCAGUGAGUGAUGUGAGGGAAAGCAUGAGCUGGCACAAGGUCAAUGGCAAAUGGCUGCCAGGCCAUCGCUACGCGACCUACCACAAGGCGGUAGUUUUCGAUCCAUGCCAGCUUCACCAACCACUACCAUGGCAAGGCAACCGCAUUACCAUGACAGCUUACACGGUCGGCUGCCCAGACAAUUGCAACCAACCGCAUCGGGACUUACUGCAAGAGCUUGGUUUUCCACUGCCACCCCCCGGAGUUCCGGCUUUUUCGUCAGAAGGAGGAGGGAUCGGUGGCGAAUGUGGAAAAGGAGAAGGAGAUCAUGACGCGGUGUGUUGUAUGUCUGGAUGUCAGGGACCGGGGGAGAACCUGAACUCGGAAUCUCGUGAUGGUGUUGCUGGAGGGGGUCCUUUUUCAAAUGGAUGUCAGGGACCGGGGGAGAACCUGAAGUCGGAAUCUCGUGAUGGUGUUGCUGGUGGGGGUCACUGCAAAUGCAAAGGAUGGGAGGUAGAUCCCUCGCUAUGUCUUUGUCGUCUACCUGGUGAAGAGACUGGUGGUGGUGCUGCUCAGUUCUACAUUGGGGAUGACGAGAACGAGGAGUGUUCAGAAGACCCAUGGUUUCAGGAGUCGUGGGGUGCGUUUGGUCCUCCAAUGGUUGCUACGUUGAAGCCGGCGUCGUCCGAGGCUGAGGUGUCUUAUGAGAUUGUGGCUUCGGAGGCCCCUUUGGAGGUAGGUUGGGAUCUCUUCGAGGGCUACUUGGAUGAGGUUCGAUGUCUUCUGGUGGAGGAAGAGAACUGGGAGCGAGCCCUUGCGGAGGAUCAGGAUCAUGGCAGCCUCGCGGCUUGUCAAGUGAAGCGCUGGAAUGCCAGCAGGGAGGAUUUGGAGUCCGAGAUGGAGCUCUGGCAAAAGUAUGAAGGCUCGGAGGAGGACAAAGUGUGUGUGGCUGAGCUUGUUGAGGGCGGCGACGAGGCACCGCUGCAUACGAAGACCAUUCCCAACGAGGUGGUGAGGAAAGAGUUGGAUCGAUGGGUGCCCAGCAUGCUGUCCGAGUACGAGAGCUUGAUCCGGGAGAAUGAAGCAGUGGAGCCCUUCCCGGAGGAGAAGCUGGAGCAGUGGAAGCAGGAAGGCAAGGACUUUGACCUAGUGCCCGGGAAGACAGUGCACACUGUCAAGGCGUUCAUGGGCCGGCUCAAGACUCGGGCCGUCAUCUGCGGGAACUUCCUGGGUCAGAGUUUCUCGAAGGAUCAGAAGUACGCGGCCGGGGCGGAUGGGGUUCUUACCAGGAUCGCCCUGAUGGGUGGUGUGUGUCAGGAAACCAUUUGGCGCGUGAAGCGCGCGCUUUAUGGAAUGGUUACCUCGCCUCGCUCCUGGGAGGUGUACCGCAACAAGACCAUGGCCCAGAUGAAAGGAGCCACUUCGGAAGGAGAGGUUCGGUUUGUGCCCUCGGAGAUCGAUGGGAGUUUGUGGUACAUUCAAGUCGGCGGCCGUCGAGCGGGAGCUAUUUUGUGCUAUGUCGACGACCUCUUGAUUGCCGGCGAGCCGGAGGUGGCCAAGGAAGCAGCUCGUGUCAUCGCGAGCACCUGGAAGUGCACCGAGCCGCAGUGGGACAAUGUACACAAGGACCUGGAAGGCUACGAGGAGGUCCCGGCGCCGACGGUGUUGACCUCGGAGGACUUUGACCUAAUUGAAGAGGAAAGUGCCGCGGACUUUGUCAGGCCGGAGAUCCUGUACGCGGUGAAUCUGUUGUCGCAGGCCAUCAGCAAACGACCGAAGGAGGCGGUCUACCGAGGGGGGCACUUGAUCAAGUACCUCAAGCGAUAUCCUGAAGGAGGUCGAAGCCAACAGGCAAUCAUGGUGUUCGUCCUGGGUGGUUUGGUGGCUUGGACAAGUAGCCGGCAGGCCUUCGUCACCAUGUCUACAGCAGAAAGUGAACUGGUGGCGAUUUGUGAGCUUACUACCUGUGUGAAGUCUGUGGAGCAGCUGGUGGCCGAGAUCAUGCUUUCCUCGAAGGACCGUGCUUCGGAAGUGAUCAAGGCUAUCUGUUCGGACAGCCAGGCGGCGUUAGCAGUAUGUGCCAACACCGUCAAUGCGACACAGGCCAAGAAGUUGAUCGUUUUGUUGUGCUUGGCUUCUGUGGUGGAGCGAGGGGAGGCAGCCGAGAUCGAGACUCAGGAGCCCUUCGAUUACCUGUUCCUCGGCGUGUGCUUGGUUGCGGUCAUUGCUAUUUGGGAGUCCUUGAAAGUGGUUCUCGACUACAUUAAGCAGUGCUGCAGAAGUACGGGAGUGAGUCGGGGGGUAGAGGAGCUUGAUAGGUCGAUUCGCCCUGGGGCGGUGGAUCCCGUCAGCUCAGACUCACUUCGCGACUCCUCUUUGGAAACUGCGGGGCUGCGCGUGAGGACGAGUCGACUCACCGGGGAGAGGAGGCCUCCAACACCUCCGAUUCCGGAACCUCUACAUGAUGACUGGUUCCCCACCACAACGAACGACUUCGUGAUGCCCAGUGGAAAGCGCGACUACUGGGAGAUCGAUGAACGCCGUGGUGUAGCAAUCCGCUACCAUCCCACGGCAAGGCUAAAUCUGUUCGUUCCAGGACAAGCGGCCGGAGGUCCGCCGCUGAACAGGUUUACCGGUGAACGGCGAACCCUUGGACGCUUGAGUUCGGGCCAAGUAUUGGUCCAUGUUGAUGAUUUCACGCGACUUAGCAAGCCAGCACAAUUGUUGGCCAACAAAGAGUGGAGAGGACGCACUGAGUUGCGUCUCAAGAAGACGUGA